AUGGCCAGAGCUAUAUUCGGGAGCAAUAUGAUCGAGCACGUUGGACUAGGCUUCGAUAUUACAAUCUACCUUUGCCAGAAAAUAUUCUCGGGAGAGCCACUAGGCGAGAUCAAUGAGAGAGAUACCUUGUACCAGAGCCAACUACUUGAUUUGUAUUCUCGACAAGAAGAUCUGAAAGAUGUAUCCAUCCAGGACAUUUUACGAGGCCGUAUGGAAAUCGUGCAGCAUACGAAAGCCUUCCAACACAUAAUACACACUUUCGUCACCGAGAAACAGGAUCUCUCGGAAGAGUUGAUCAAGGAAACGCACCGCAUCCUCACCAAAGGCAUCCUGAUAUGCACUAGAGAUGGACCCGAUAUCUCUCCGGAGGAAUAUGGAGGAAUUUAUAGGACGGUCAUUGUUGGUGCUGGAAACUCGAACUUCACGGUACCCAAAUUUGUCCCUGCGAAGAUGAAGGAGAUGUGUGAUGACCUAAAACGAGAACUUGCCGAAGCAGAGGAGAAGAAGUCAAUCGACCCAAUUUCAGUCGCCGCCAAAUACUCGCUACAAUUUGUCCAAAUCCAUCCUUUUCAAGAUGGCAAUGGCCGAGUGUGUCGGAUGAUCCUAAAUGCCAUCCUUUGUCGUCAUGCCGGCAUUAUAAUACCCAUAGGGAAGACUAGAGAGGAUAGAGAGGAGUACAUGGGUAUCAAAAAGAGAUCAAGUCAGGAUAUGGAAGGCCAUGGAGAAUACGCUUUAUUCGUUCUCCAGAAGGCGAACACUCGCCUUAGAGAGAUGAAGAAGAAGUUGGCUGGGAAGAAGUUAAAGGACCGCUAGAUGGCAGAUGCCGUGGGCAUACGUAGGAUGAAAACCAUCCAGCAGCAGCUAACGACAAAAAAUGAGAUUCUAGGACGGGCAAACUCGAGUUUAGGUUGCACAUAGGUUAACCACCUCAUAUACAUUACGACAAGCUCCGUUUGAAAAUGGGGCCGUAUGGGAGACUUACCCGAGAUUUCUCAUAUACUGACGGAUCA